GGAGUGAAGGGGUUGCACAAACGCUUCUCAAUCCACUGCGAGGGCUGACGCAGAGAAGAAGAUUGGUGGUCCAUGAGGGAGCUUUUGAAGAGGAGGCCCAUGAUCGCUGGCAGAGAGCGAGGGCCAGGGCCAGGACGCUAUGCUCUGCCUCCCACAAUUGGUUACAUUGGCCAUGACUACACCAAGCCCAGCAGCCCGGCCUAUUCGUUCCACAGCCGCAUGAGCAGCAAUAUGGUGUCUGUGGAUUCCAGCCCUGGCCCUCAGUAUCACAUCGAUGCGAAGAUGACACGCUUCGGUCGAAAUGCCACGCCUUCCUACUCUAUGCUGGGCAGGAAGAAGAGAUCAGAUGACCUGUUCCAGACUCCAGGCCCAGGAGCCUACAGCCCGGAGAAAGCCCCCCCUGUGAACCUCCAUCGCAGACCUCCAUCCUAUUCCAUCGGCUCACGCACACGCUACCGCGCCACCGACACCGUGCCCGCACCUAACUCUUACACCCUGCCCUCUCUCCUGGGUGCCCGGGCGCCCAGCACGCCAGCCAGCCCCAGCUACUCCAUAUCGGGCCGCAGGAAAACAGGCGCCCCGUCAGAGGACCUCGCCAUGACGCCGGGCCCUGGGAAGUACAACAGCACGGACCCCAGCAUCUACCUGAAGCGCCAGCCCUCGUUCUCCAUGCAGAGCCGCACGUCCAUCCCUAACGACGCCACCUGCAAGCCCGGUCCGGGCACGCAUCAUUCGGAGAAGGUGGUUGCGCACCUGCCACGGCCACCCUCCUUCUCCAUGGGCAUCCGGCAUUCAGAGUUUGUCACCCCACUGGUGGUAGAUGUGUUAGAUUGAGACGACUAUGAAUAGGAAGGUGUUGUCAAAUGAGUCUCAUUCAAGUUGUCAGAGGUAACUUCAUAGGGACUUGAUGUCUCUGUGUUUACAAUGUGUACUAUAAAACAAUCUCCUGGAGAGGGCUGCCUGUGUGUGCAAUAAGACAAGUUGCGGUCCCUCAGUUACAGUUUUUUUUUUCAAUUGCUUACACACUAAAUCUUUG